CGGGACCAUGGAAGCGGCGGCCGCUGCUCCGUGUCCCCGGCUCUUCCUCCUCAUGCUGACGGCCGCAGCGACGCUGGUUCCGGGAGCGACGGCAUUACAGUGUUUCUGCCACCUUUGCACAAAAGACAAUUUUACUUGUGUCACAGAUGGGCUUUGCUUUGUCUCUGUCACAGAGACCACAGAUAAAAUUAUACACAAUAGCAUGUGUAUAGCUGAAAUCGACCUAAUUCCUCGAGACAGGCCAUUUGUAUGUGCACCAUCUUCAAAAACUGGGUCUGUUACUACAACAUACUGCUGCAAUCAGGACCACUGCAAUAAAAUAGAACCCCCAACUGGUGUAAAGCCAUCACCUGGUCUUGGUCCCGUUGAACUGGCAGCUGUCAUUGCUGUACCAGUCUGCUUCGUCUGCAUCUCACUCAUGUUGAUGGUCUAUAUCUGCCAUAACCGAACUGUCAUUCACCACCGAGUGCCAAAUGAAGAGGACCCUUCAUUAGAUCGCCCUUUUAUUUCAGAGGGUACUACGUUAAAAGAUUUAAUUUAUGAUAUGACAACAUCGGGGUCUGGAUCAGGUUUACCAUUGCUUGUUCAGAGAACAAUUGCAAGAACUAUUGUGUUACAAGAAAGUAUUGGCAAAGGUCGAUUUGGAGAAGUUUGGCGAGGAAAGUGGAGAGGAGAAGAAGUUGCUGUUAAAAUAUUCUCCUCUAGAGAAGAACGUUCAUGGUUCCGUGAAGCAGAGAUUUAUCAAACUGUAAUGUUGCGUCAUGAAAACAUCUUGGGAUUUAUAGCAGCAGACAAUAAAGACAAUGGUACAUGGACUCAGCUCUGGUUGGUGUCAGAUUAUCAUGAGCAUGGAUCCCUUUUUGAUUAUUUGAACAGAUACACAGUUACUGUGGAAGGAAUGAUAAAACUCGCUCUGUCCACAGCAAGUGGACUUGCCCAUCUUCAUAUGGAGAUUGUUGGUACCCAAGGAAAACCAGCCAUUGCUCACAGAGAUUUGAAAUCAAAAAAUAUCUUGGUGAAAAAGAAUGGAACGUGCUGUAUUGCGGACUUGGGACUGGCAGUAAGACAUGAUUCUGCCACAGAUACAAUUGAUAUUGCCCCAAACCAUAGAGUGGGGACAAAAAGGUACAUGGCCCCUGAAGUUCUAGAUGAUUCUAUAAAUAUGAAACACUUUGAAUCCUUCAAGCGUGCCGACAUCUAUGCAAUGGGUUUAGUAUUCUGGGAAAUAGCUCGAAGAUGUUCCAUUGGUGGAAUUCAUGAAGAUUACCAGCUGCCUUAUUAUGAUCUUGUACCUUCUGAUCCAUCAGUUGAAGAAAUGAGAAAAGUUGUUUGUGAACAGAAGUUGAGGCCAAAUAUUCCAAACAGAUGGCAGAGCUGUGAAGCCUUGAGAGUAAUGGCUAAAAUUAUGAGAGAAUGUUGGUAUGCCAAUGGAGCAGCUAGGCUUACAGCUCUGCGGAUAAAGAAAACUUUGUCACAACUCAGUCAACAGGAAGGCAUCAAAAUGUAAUUCUGCGGCUUUGCCUGAACUCUGCUUUUCUUCAGAUCUGCUCCUGGGUUUUCAUUUGGGAGGUCAAUUGUUCUACCUCACUGAGAGGGAACAGAAGGAUAUUGCUUCCUUUUGCAACAAUGUAAUAAGGUCAAUUUAAAACUUCCCAGGAUUUCUUUGGACCCAGGGAACAGCCAUGUGGGUCCUUUCUGUGCACUAUGAACUCUUUUUUCCCAGGACAGUUACAAAAUGUUGUGUAGUCUACCUUUAUUUUUUAUUAAUACAAGGUUUGUGUGUGUGUGUGUGUGUGUGUGUGUGUGUGUGUGUGUGUGUUUAAAGAUAAUUGCUGGUCUUAAUUUUAGGUAACUGCUGUGCUGAAGAUCAUCUUUAAGGGCAAAGGAGCUGGAUUGCUGAGUUAUACGAAGCAUUUCUUAUUUUUAAAGAAAAUGAUUUACUCCUGGUUAGUACAUUCUCAGAGGAUUCUGAACCACUAAAGAGUUUCCUUGAUUCAGACUUUGAAUGUACUGUUCUAUAAAUUUCAGGAUCUUAAAACUAACACUUAUAAAACUCUUAAAUCUAAAAAUGACCUCAUAUAGUAGUGAAGAACAUAAUUUAUGCAAUUUUAUUUUGUAUACUGUUAUCGUUCUUUCACAUAUUCAGAAUACUACAUGCCUUCAAAAUGGGAUUGUACUACACCAGUAAGUGCCACUUCUGUGUCUUACUAAUGGAAAGAGUAGAAUUGCUUAAAGUCUGUGCGUGUUGAAACCUGUAGUGUUUCAAUUCAGAACGUUUAUUAUCUGGGUAACCCAGACAUUUUCUAUUUUGUUUUUUUGAAGUGUUUUUGUGGUAUGUCAUUUGGUAUUCCAUUUUGAAAAUGCCUUUCUUCUACCAGAAUGUGCUUAAACCACUGAAGAAAUGAGGUGGAAUUAAUUGGUAAAUUGUUGUCAUGGUCAUGUUUGAAUAGUAUCACAUCAAGUUUUUACAUUUUAGUUGUGUCAUCUAAGUAUACUUUAAAAAACAUUGAGUGGCACUCUAGAUGCUUAUAGGACAUUAAUUUAAAAUUUGUAGCCUACAGACUCAUUUUUCUAAAAGGGAAAAUUUGUCUAGCUGCUUGUGGAAAGUUGUGUGGCAUUCUGUAAGCCAUUUUGUUCUUUAUCUGAUCAAAGACAGUGUUAUUUUUUUAAGAAAUGAAUUAUGUUUAAAGUUAGAAUAUGGUUAAUGUUAAAUGAUAGGCCUUUUUCUAGGAAGGUAAUGGUAGUUAAUAAUUUGAUUAGAUAACAGGUGUGCGAAAGCCUCACAUUUGUUAUGUAGGAGUUAUUGUUCGGUGGAUUUUCUGUCUGUAACAGGUUCGAGUUAGUGUGGUUUUGAGGUCUCACUACUUUUUGAGGAAGGCAGCUUUUAAUUCAGUCUUUCCUUCUGUGUGCAGAUAUUUUGACUGCUUAAUUUACAUGGUUAUGCAAUAGAUUCCGUACACUCUUGAUAUUUGGGAGAGUGGUAGCUAAAGCAUUUUCUGAGUAUAGGUUCUACAUUUACAGAUGUUUUUGGUCAGGUUAAAUGUUUAAAAUAAACCAGUCAUGAUCUCACAUUAAGUUGAAACUAUCUUAAAAUAACUGGUUUUACUUCCAGUGCUAAAAGUCUUUGCAGGGCUUUUACAGUUUUCAAAGUUUUCUUUAUCACUGUGAUCUUUUCUGAGGGGGCAAAACUAUCUUAGCUGUGAGGCAAGACACUGACUUUGUAGUGCUGUCAAUUUCCAAAUGAAAGGGUUAGAACAACCUUCACAGUAUUUGGGUCAGUAAGAGGUGGUGGCCACUGAGCUAACUGAGCUGCAUUCUGAUAAUGUCUUAUCUCCUAUACAUAGAAUACAUUUGAAAGACUAUUUGAUCUUAAAACCAAAGUAAUUUUAGCAAGAUUGACAUUACAUAGGAAUUUAGUGUCAGUUUCAUGUGUUUAAAAACAUGGGGAAAAUGCGCUUAGAGGUUAAUAUUUUGACUCUAAAUUUGCAUUUUUUUCUGUAGUUACUGAUUUUAUCAAAGCAAAUGUAUGAGUUUGAGAAAUUUGUUUUUAUAUUCAUGUUCUAUUUCCUGUUUAAUAAUCUCUAGCUCUGUGAUUAGGAACUCUUUUUUUUCUUUCUUUUUUCUGCCAUUUCUAAUCCUACCAGAUCUGCUUUAUGAAAUCCAGGGGACCAAUGCAUUUUAUCACUAAAACUAUUUUUAUAUAAUUUUAAGAACAUACCAAAAGUUCUUAUCUGAUUUAAAGUUGUGAUAUAUUACUUCUCACUUUCAUUUAAGGUAAUCAAUUUUUGCUGAACAUACUCUAUAUUAAAUUAAAUAUUGAGUUACAGUUAUACUUUUCUUAAGUGGACAAAAUGUACUUUUGAUGAAUCAGGGAAUUUUUUAAAAGUUGGAAUUUAGUUCUAAAUUGGGUUUACAUAUUACUGCAGCUAGUUCCUUUUUUGGCUAUUGACGGUUUGAUAAACCUCAAUUGGCUAAUAUUGAAAAUUAAAGUAAUUUAAAAGAUGAAAUAGAUCAACCGCAGUUAAGUUUGACUAGUGUAUUAAUUUUGUCAUUUUGAAACCCAGGCCUUUGUUUAUACUGCUGUCUUCAGAUGCUUAUGUUCCAAGAUUCAAUGUUGCUAAAAUAUGCCUUCAGGCAAAUUACCUGUCCACAUCCAUUUUGUCAAUACUGGAGGAAUGGAGGUGGGGGAGGUGUGACCUAGGGGGGCACAGACACCCCUGGUCCUUUCUUUUUAAUAACUUCAGCUCUGUUUCUCCCAACCUGCCUUCCUGCUGAUCCUGACUCAGAGACCAGAGCCUGCCAGCCUCCCCGCCCCCACAGCAGCCUUUCGACCGAAGAGCUGCCUUUGAUAUCUAUAGCAAAAUGGUUAAUGGACGUCGUGGGGCAUACUUUCAUUUUCAUUUCCUUGAAUCAUUCGUUGGAUGUUGCUGGGAGGGGUCUUUAAGUUUGGAGAUUGGGCAGAUGAUGGCCCUGCUGGCUGCCCUCCUUUGACUUCAGCCGUGGCCAAGCAGUGGCAGCUCUGGCAGUGGAGGAGGUACCAGUUGUGUCUCCUGUGGGACAGGGUGUGGCCCAGAGAGCUGAACCUGUAGUUCUGCUGUAAUGAUAGUGCUCAAGAAGUGCCUUGAGUCGGUGUGCAGUGCCAUGGCCAUUAAGAAUUCCAUAUUUCAGUUCUUACUACAGAAUGUAAGUGGUCACUUGGCCAUUUUGCAGCUUAUGCAUGAGUUACCAUUUUUUCCCCUACGUCUGAGAACUCACACACAGAAUAUUUGGUAAAACAAGAAGGCAAAGUGCUAAUUAAAAUGCACAACAAAAUCAGUAUCCCAUUAGACAUGUCAUAUCAAGAAUUUAUUUUUAUCCUUGCACCGAAAGAGCAAUUGUAACUCACCUAUUUCUUUUGUUGACUGGGGCAGUGUUCUGGCUCCAGAUAAUGGAGAUUCCAAAUUAUCGUUCUGUUAGAACUUGGCAAAAAAUGCUAAUUUAAAUAGUUUUGAAAUCCUUAAGGAUAGAUCUGAACAUGUACUGCAGCUUCUUGUGUCUGCUUGGGAAUGUUGGCAUACCCAUGGCCCCUGUCUAGGAAUGCCGGACUUCUAGGACGGACAUUCUGAGGAUUGCCAGUACAUUUAAAUCUUCAGUCCCAUUAUACAAUCUUAUUUGUAAUUGUAAACUUUAUAAAUGUGGUUAAUACAUUCAACCUGUUUCUUAAAGUUUAAAAAGAACUUCAGUGAAUUUGUUUUUAUUUUUUUAACAAGAUUUGUGAAUGAAUACCAUGAUGUUUUGAUAUCCCUUUUUCACAUUGUGCCAAUGGAGUGGGGUGUUUGCUAUUUCUUUAUAUGUCAAGGAGAUGCUUCAAAAUGUCAAUUGCUUUAAACUUAAAUUACCUCUCAAGAGACCAAGGUACACUUACCUCAUUGUGUAUAUAUGUUUAAUAUUUGUCAGAGCAUUCUCCAGGUUUGCAGUUUUAUUUCUAUAAAGUAUGAGUGUUAUGUUGUUACAUUACUCAAAUGGUACUGUAUUGUUUAUAUUUGUACCCCAAAUAACACCAUCUUUACUUUCUGUAUUUUAUUGUGCAAAAUCCUUUUGGCUUUAUCGGUGUAAUCUCUGCCCUUUCAGAUGUGUACAGAAAAUGUCCAUAUGAAUUUUCCUUUAAGUUGAAUGAUUUUGAGAAACUUGUAAAGAGGAGAGAAAAACAAAAACUGCAGUUCCUCAUAAGUUUUUAAACGAUGUAUAUUGUAUUUGUAGUAAUAUUCUGAAUGAACUGUAAAUAGGAAGUAGAAGAGUGAUACUUAUGUCAAGUCCUAACACUACAGUAGAAAAAUGGAAGCAAUGCAAAUAAAUUACUUUUUUCCCCAA